AUGGACUACCACUCUACUGCUGAUUUUGCAGCCCUCAUCCGCGAGAUAUAUGAGAACGGCCCUGACAGUGCUUUAGUGCGGGGUCGCUCUUGGCCGUCAACUUCUGCUCGUUCUGCAGUAGCAAUGGCUCUUCAAGGUGGAAGCCGCCAGAAAGCACGUCAUGGCGUCUGCCGUCGGUCGGUCAACUUCAGCCACCCCGCCAUUCCUCAAAGACAGCUCCAACCGCGCCAUCGAUGCUACGGUCGCUGCGCCGCCACAUCUUCACCAUCAAUCACGAUUUGUUUCCGCCAUCACGCCAUCGACACUACCAUCGGCCUGCCACAUCAUCAUCACAACAAGCCACGCCACCCCGUCCCGAGCACGACGUUAAAAGGCUCUCGCCACCAUCACCAACCCUCAACACGUUCGACACGUCUUUGA